AUGCCUGCUCGAAACUCUCGAGGUGCGCCCGUUUUAUGUGAUGAGAGAGAUGCAAAUCGAUAUGUAUCCAGGACUAUUCCGUGGGUGAUAUUUGGAACAUUUGGUUAUGCGUGCUAUGCUGUUACGAAGCCACUCUGCAUUGAUUAUUUGAUCGAUCCACAAUCUCACAACUACGAUCGCGAACCACGGGUAGGCGCCGGCGUUGCUAUCAUUAUAGUCUUCUACGUCCUUCUCUUUCCCGCGAUCACCACAUAUAUUCGCCUUUAUCUUGUCGUCGCAAAUAAUCCGGACUACUUACCGAGAGGAGCGGACUGGGUGUCUACCGAACCAGAGCAUGAAAGCUGGUUGUCGAAGAGGCGCAGGACUAAGGAGAAGUCAAAACCAGAUCAUGGAAACGGGACUACUACGACUGGAAGCAAUGAAAAGGUGCGACGAACUGCUGUCGAGUCCGCCGAUAUUGCACGACACACUGGCGGAGUCGCAUUUCCACUCGACGAGACGGGCCGGGAGGAAUUUUGGUUGAAGGAUAUUUAUGUUUGUCAGGAUGACGGACGACCAGCAUAUUGCUCCACAUGUUGUCAGUUCAAGACAGAUAGAUCGCACCAUAACCGUGAUUCUGAUCGGUGUGUGCGGAAACUCGAUCAUUUCUGUCCAUGGGUUGGUGGCGUUGUUUCUGAGAGCUCGUAUAAGUUCUUUCUGCAAUUCGUUAUAUAUACCGCGUUCUUCACUUGCUUUUGUCUCAUUGUGCUUGCUAUUUUUGUUGCUGAGCAUCGCGCUGAUACCGGUAGAACGAAUGCCCAUUGGGCUGUCGCUUUGGGAUUAGCCGCUUUAUUCUUCCUCUUUUCUGGAGGCAUGAGUGGAACAACGUUGCAACUCGCUUCCAUAAAUACCACGACAAUCGAAAAUCUCAACAGGCGAUCCAAAGUAUGGACGCUUGCUAUCUAUAUCAGCCCACAACAAUAUCAACGCAUGACAAGUCGACAAAACGGCCAGUGGGCUCUGACUUUUCCCACGGUGACGUUUCCGACUCAAGCUUCAUCUACCUCAUCAGCUGCACAAUCAUCUCAGGCAGACCCUCAAUCUACAGCAUCCAAUGGUGUAACGAGCACCAUGACGAAUAAUAUAAAUAAUACUAAUCAACAAACUGUAAACACACGAAUGUUUGCCAUCCUUCGCACUCAACCCGGCGAGAACCCUUUUGAUCUAGGUGACCCUAUCAAAAAUUUACAGCAAGUCAUGGGACAUACACUUUGGGAUUGGCUGCUACCGCUAAGAGUAGCGCCAUGUGUCGACCACAGCAGCACUAUCAGUGCAUAUCCAAUGGGCCCUGUGGUAGAACGUCUGAAACGAGAAGCUGGUAUAAUAUUCGAUGAUGAUGAUGCAGACACUGUGCAUACUGACCAUCAACAACAUACAUCCACAACGCAUCAGAAAAGCGAGGAUGGAAAUGAAACACAAGGCAGAUAG